CGAUCUUGCACCUGCUCCGAAGUGAACCGCUUGUAUACAGCUGCUGCAUCACCCCUUUAUAUUUUUCGGUUCUCCGUGCCGCGUUAUCCUCGUAAAUGCAGAAAUCCUGCAGAUGCUCGACGAAUUUGCGGACCGGCUCCGCGCGGUGUUCGUACAACAGGUGGAAUAUCCCUGGCAGGCGUAGGUAUAUCGAGAAAUCUGGGUUCCGAAAAAGUUGAAACGUUGAAUGGACCAUCUCGAAUGAAGAAUCCUUGCGAAGGAAGAGGAUGUAUGGAACGUUCGUUCCCCCCCCACCUGUAUUUCAAAGCCGAUCUUCACCAGGUCGGAAUAGUUGACGGUGUAGCUUACCUGACCCAAUGCAGCCCCACUCUCCCGGACAUUCUAUACCCCCACCUGAAUAACUGACUGAAAUCACUGCAUCUUUUCAACCAAUAAGAAGUUAGCUUCUCAUUCCCGCGCAAUGACGUCAGGCGUCGGCGUCUCCGCAAUCACGUCAGACGCUCGCUGUAUACGGUGGCGGGGUCGCCAUGUUUCGUGCGUGAAUUUUGACGUCCGAUUUCAUCGGAAAUUCUAUUUUGUCACGAGAUUUUCGCGUCUCAAAUUAUCCGUAAUAUAACAGUGAUUAUAUUCCGCAAAGAUUCACGCCGGAAGUGAGCAGGUCGAAAGGUCGUGACCUCACCCACGCUCGGAGGCCCCGCCGCUACAAGAACUCGAGGAACUCCGAAUGCCACUAAUGGUAGUAGUGGUUCGCUCGAAAAUCCAGUCGCCAUAUUCCUAUACCUGAUCGACAACAAAACUUUCCCGCAUUCCUCGACUAAUCGCGACGCACCUGACUGACCACGGUACCUGGUGAUCGUUCGGACUAGCCGGAUAGAUCGGAAAAUCUGUUAACGAACGAUCGUCGCCGUCCGCAGUUGUAAAAAAUGUGAAUCGAGUGCAGGUGCAAAGUUCCGGAACCGAUAGUCGUGCAACGAUACAGUUCUGCCAAGUUUAUUGGGUUGUAAAAUUCUGGAAAAUCAUUGAUCCGUCGUGCGUGAUGCAGAUCACAUGAUCGGUAUUAGUAUUUAACAUCGACAGUGAAUCGGCUAUGGAAAUACAACGAACGCUCUGACUCUGCCUCGGAUCUAAUCGUCACUUUCGUGAUACGUUCUGUGUAAGAAAUUCAAAAAGAAGAAAAAAAAAAAAAACGAAAAGUAACGUACGCCCCUCCAAUAACAGUGAUGAUAACGCCGAAAUUUAUUUUCAAAGAAACGUUAAUCGACCGCAGAAAUCCUUCCGCCCGAUGAUCAGAUUGGACCGGAGUCUGCGAACUAUUAUAAUAAUAAGCAGUCGGUGGCCCUCUGAAUUUGUAAAGGCGCACGCCUCGCUGACCCAGAUUCGGAUCACUCGGGUCACAUUGGUUCCGUCCGAGGAGGAGUUCGCGAAAUUUUUUUGAAAUGGGACGUAGCCCUGCCCCGAGCUAAUUCGGCCGCAAUGUCCAAUAAGAAUAAAACCCAGCACCAGCACCAGCAGCAGCAUCAGCAGCAGCAGCAGCAGCAGCAACAGCAAAAUCAGCAACAGCACACAGCGCACAUGAUCAAGCCAGUUCAAGACACGGUACCACCAAGGUAUCAACCUCCUCCGCAGCCGACGACCGGAAUCCUUAAACAUCAUCCGCACUUUCCACCUGCCUCAUCGUCUCAGCAGCAGCAGCAGCACCAGCAGCAGCAACAGCAAAGUAAUAAUAACGUGGUUAAUACUGUUGGAUCGGUAGCGACGGUAGCAACGAUCGCGUCUUCGGGUGGUGCGGGUUCGACGGGAAACGGACUUCAUCCUCAGCAGCAGCAGCACCACCACCACGUUAAUCAUCAGCAACUUCAGAGGGUGGCGCAGACCCAGCUGAAAGAUGUGCAAAGUAAAUUUCCUGGCAAGAUAAUAGCAGCGCAGACCGACCAUAGUAACCCGAGUAAUCCGACGACGGUUAAAAAUUCGGCGGCCCACGGAUAUAUUCAGGGCAAAAUACCUCAGGGUCAGAUAAUACCUCCGGCUAGCCAGUAUCCGCCUACGCAAAUAGUGGCGAGGCAGAGAAUAAGUGACGAGGAUUUCCUAAGGCUUGGACCAGUGGAGAUGCUCAAGUUCGUUAGAAAAACGGAAACCGACAUUUCGAGGGUCGCCACUGAGCAGAAUCGACAGAUACAGGGACUGUUGAACGAGCUUCGGGCCCUGAAGGAGGCGAAUCAGCGUCUGAGUGACGACAACCAGGAGCUGAGGGACCUUUGCUGUUUUUUGGACGACGACCGUCAAAAGGGUCGAAAGUUGGCGCGGGAGUGGCAGAGGUUCGGAAGAUACACCGCGAGUGUGAUGCGCCAGGAAGUGUCGGCUUACCAAAAUAAACUGAGACAGCUAGACAACAAGCAACAAGAAUUGAUAAAAGAUAACCUGGAGCUGAAAGAACUUUGUCUUUAUCUCGACGAGGAGAGAGGCGGCGGCCAAAGGGACGACGGGGACGGUUCAAGCUCAAGCACAAACGCCGAAGAGACCGUGCCACCGAGGUCGAGACACACCUCCACUUUUAACGACCAAACUAUGCAGUACGUCAGGAGUCUGGAACAGCGAGUGAAACAACUUGAAGAGGACAAAAGCGUACUUCAAGCGAGAGCGCAAGGGUGGGAACCACCCCCCGGAGAAGUUUGGGAAAAUCCAAACUGCAGUCCCGCGGAUGCAACGCCAUUAGGAGGCCGACCAGAAGCCGUUGUUCGAGCUCUACAAGUUCUCGAAGUCAGAGAGCAACUGGAGCGAGAAGGUGGCCACGACGGAGAAAAGGCGCUCGUCCGAGAAAUGUGCAACGUUGUUUGGAGAAAGCUAGAGGAAGCGCCCCAGCCGAGACAUUGACUCUGGGGUUGAUGAAUGAAGAAUCGACAAAAAUAACAAUUGGAGACAGCAAACCUGCCGAGCUAUGAUAUUAUAUAGGUAUAUGACAGAUUCGAUUAUAUUUGUAUGUUGAAAUUGUAAUUUUUACAACUGUUUAUAGUUCGUUUAAGUAUAAGUCCCGCGUAUUGCCUUUUAUAGUAUUACAUAGAUUAUUUUAUAAAUAUCGACGAUAAAUAAGUAAUUUAUAAAUGUACAAUAAUUAUUAUCGUGUUACAAUAACGAAUAUACGUUAUCCGUUAUCAAUUUUUGAAAAUAAGAAUUUAUUUAUAAAAAAAAGGAACAAUUAUAUAUAUAUACAUCUAAUGCCGUUAGCUUGCCCAGAUGACUGUUAAAAUAAUAAAAAUUUAUUUUUAUUAAA